GGGACGCUGAGAUAAGAGUUUGGCCGUUAAGGUGCACCAGCGCAACGUUGCCGCACAUCUGUCAGAGUUGCAAGGAAGACAGCGUGUGUUCUCUGUUGUUGUGCGGUGUGGCACAGUGUGACACAGUCUGACACAGUGUGGCGUAUUUACCUGGAUGAGACAGUGCUGAGGAUUAAUUAACUCAGGAACACUUGAUACCUUGUCCUGAUGUUCUACAAAGAAAACAAUGACAAUAUGCUCAGACAAACCAGUCUUUUAAUCCUGUUGUUUCACAGCACCCUUUGUGUUGAUCUGGUUUAUCACGUUGAGGAAGGCAAAAGUCCUGGCACCUAUCUUGGUAACAUUGCUGUUGAUUCACAACUUCUGGAGACUAUUCCAGCCCAAGACUAUAAUUUGAUUCAAUUCAGUCAGCUUCAGAGAAGAGAGACUCAACAAUUUAACAUCACAAAAGUCGGAGAAAUCUACACGGCUGGCACAUUGGACACAGAGUCCCUGUGCCUCUACAACAAGGAGUGUUCAGUGAUUGUCAAAGUGGCAGUUCGUAAAGCAAAGACUUUUAUGAAGAUUCUCAAAAUUAAAGUAAUUAUAAAAGAUGUUAAUGACCACCGACCAGUGUUCCCAAGUGCACAAUUUAAUCUUCAGUUUGAUGAAACGGAUGGUAAAGGGACCACAAAACCAAUCCCUAAUGCCGUCGAUGGGGAUGUUGGCAUAUUAAAUUCUCAAAUAACUUACCGGUUGAAAAAAAACAAAAACGAACCAUUCUCGUUAGCAGUAUCAGAACGAAUUGGGGGAAAAUCCAAACUGGGAAUUCUCCUGGAAGAGAAACUUGAUCGAGAAGUCAAAGAUAAUUACGAUUUAGAAGUGAUUGCCACAGAUGGAGGUUCACCUCCCAAACAAGGGGUGUUAAAAAUUCAAAUAUCUGUCAUUGAUGUAAAUGACAAUCUACCGUUUUUCUCUAAAAGUAUCUACAAUAUUUCCAUACAGAGUUCCUACAGAAAGGACAGACCAAUCAUUACAGUGUCAGCAACAGAUUUAGAUUCUGGUGAAAAUGGUAAAGUUACAUAUCACUUCAGUCCAAAGACUUUAGAUGUUGAUCAAAGCCAUUUCCGCUUAAAUCAAUACAAUGGAGAAAUAUCCGUACAGCAAAUGUUUGGUCAUGGACAAAAACAAACAUACAAACUGUUUGUCGAAGCCAUUGACGGUGGAAGCCCAUCGUUAAGUUCAUCUGCUUUGGUUCUCGUUAACAUCAUUAAUCAAAGAAACAAUCCACCAACAAUUGAUGUAGAUUUUGUGUCUGGAUUGAAAGAAAAUACGACAGUAAUUUCAGAAGACAUUGAAGUGGGCAGUUUUAUUGCUUACGUCAUGGUGAUCGACAACGACAACGGUGAGAAUGGAGAGGUGAAGUGUGAAAUGAGACAUGAGAAGUUUCAGCUUCUGAGUUUGGCUCCGAAAGAAUAUAAAAUAACAAUGAAAGGUUCUGUGGACAGAGAGGUGACCAGCCAGUAUGAGAUUAGAAUUAACUGCCGAGAUAAUGGCUCUCCACCUUUACAAUCAAGGAAAGUGUUUACUAUCAAAGUUCAGGAUGUUAAUGACGUCCAGCCUAAGUUUAUCAAGGACACUUUUAAGUUUUUGACUUAUGAGACUGAAACAGCCAACUUUCCAGUUGGUUUUAUAAGUGCUGUUGACCCUGACCUGGGGACAGGAGGUCAGCUGGUUUAUUCUCUUCUCAAUAAAAAGCACAAUGCUUUUCCAUUCCAGAUAACUGAGUAUGGAUUUAUUUCAACAACAGAAGCCUUAGAUCGGGAAGAACAGAAUAUUUACAAAUUCCAGGUUUUUGUCAGAGACAGUGGAGUCCCUCCAUUAAACAACACAGCAAAUGUUGUUGUUGAAGUUGUUGAUGAAAACGACAAUGCCCCUUAUUUUACAUUCCCUAGUGUUGACCCCUUUAGCCUUGAUGUCCAUUAUUAUCCUCAAAGCAAGAACGACAUCACAGUGCUGAGGGCUGUUGACAGAGACACUCGUGAAAAUGCAUUCCUUAAAUAUGGAAUACUUCGGGGCAAUGACAAACAGUUAUUUGGGGUCAAUCCUUACACAGGGGUCUUAUCAUUCUCUCGCACCGUCUACCAAAACGAUGCCGGAGCUUAUAAUCUUAAAUUAGUUGUGAAGGACAGUGGCAGUCCGAUUCUGUCAGCGAUGACAACAGUCACUUUAACGCUGACAGUUAGUAACAAGACAUCAACAAUGCUGACAGCGGUUCAAGUCCAAUCAGGUGAGAUGAUAGAUAUCAAUUUAGUGAUUAUCAUCGUAAUAAUAGCAGUGGUAGUUUCCAUAGCGAUAGUUAUCUUCAUCACAACAUGCAUUGUUAGGAGCCAAAAUGGCCGAAAUGUAACGACAAGGACCGGUGACAACCCACAUUAUCGGUCCCGAACAGAAAUGAAACAAUUGAUUUACCAAGCAAACACUGCGGGUAUGAUAGCAAGGAACCCAGAAGAAAUAGCAGACAAUGAUGACCAAUCAAUAAAAUCUAGGAGUCAGUUUUAUCCUGAAGAGGAAUCACAGAAGGAAUGGAUGACACCAACAAUUGUGAAAACAUUUCCAAAAGCAUCAAAGCAGCCUAAAUCCAAGAUGUCUAACUACCCUAUAAGUGUGACAUGUGGAGCAGACAUGGAGGCACAGAGUGUUGCUAUCGUCCCCAACUAUCUUACUGAGACAUUGUCCACUCACAAAGAUGGUGGACGAGUCUGGAAUCAGGGACAACAUGGAGACUAUGAAGAGAUUCAUAACAUGGCAGCACUCUAUGAUUUCAAACGCCCCACACCAGGUUCCGGUGAUAAGAAGCAACAUCAAGACUCAUAUAUGAAACCCUUCUUGUGAUAAUUGCACAUUUCACGUACUUUGUGGAGUACAACAGUGACUGACCAGUGGAGUACACUAUGACUGGUCAGUGGAGUACACUAGCACUGGUUUGUGGAGUACACCAGGACUAAUGGUCAGUGAGAUUCACAGACUGCAAUCAAUCAAUCAAAUUUGUGCUUACACACACCAAUGUUUUGUACAUAUACUUACAUCUAUACACUGUAAUACAUACAAAGAUACACACACACACACACACACACACACACACACACACACACAC